GCGGGUGCCGCCUUCCCCCGCAAAACAAAAGGGAGCGGCGGCGAGAGCGGCCGGGAAGGACGGAGGGGAUCGUUCCCCGCUGCGGGGCACUUGCCGGUGAGCCGAGCUCCCCUCCGUGCUGCCGCCAUGUCCCGCCGCAGCCAGCGCCUUGUCACCACCCGCUAUUACCCCGGGGACGAGGAUGCCACGACCAGCAGCAGCAGCACAUCUCUGCUGGGUGGGACACAGCUCCCCUUCAAGGAGACCACCGGCAGGGCGAUCAGGAGGAAAUCGAGUAGCACAAAGCGCCUCUCUCCCGCCCCCAGCACCCAAACCUCCUACUAUAGCGAGUCCAUGAUGAGCGAGUCCUACCUGGGGGGCAGCCGGGGCCUUCCUGCCCUGGGUAGCUCCAUGUUGGAUGAUGACCUGGACAGCAGCAUGUACUGGGGUGGAGAGCUCUCCACCAGGAGGAGAAGAGGCACGGGGGACACCGAGUCCAGUAAGAUCAAUGGGGUGCUAGAGAGCAAGACAUAUGACACCUACACAUCUUCAUCUGGCUACUCCUCGGAGGACGAUUACGCUGGUCACUAUUACUCCAGCCAGAGCAGCUCCGGGUCAGGUCUGAGAACUGCAGCCUCCCGGGUGGGCUCCUUCCUAUGGCAGGUGUUCACCUCCCCAGUUCAGUUCAUGGGGUGGCUGUUCUCGGGGCUGGCAGGGGCCUGGCACCGCCUCACUGGCACAGCUUCCCACCUGGACAGCGUCCCCUUCUCCAGGCGCUACCCACGUCUGAAGAGGUCCCUGCUGCUGCUGCUGCUCCUCCUGCUCCUUGCUGCUGCCGCCUACGGAGCGUGGUACUUCUACCCGUAUGGGCUGUCGACACUCAGCCUGCCUUCCUUCCCAUGGUGGGGAGCUGGAAAGCUUUCCUCCUCCUCUGAUGUUCCUGGGGCAGGGGACCUGACCACACUGGACCAGGGGGGACACCGACUCCUGGCUCGCUUCCAGUCCCUGGAGAAGCGCUUUGAGGCACUGGAGGCUGAGCUGUCACGGUGGGAGCUGCGUCGUGGGGCGGCAGCAGUGACAGCAGGGGGAGAACCACCCCCGGGGGACAUCCUUGCGCUGCUGGAGGGGCUGGUGAGCCGCCGGGACGCGGGGCUGAAGGAGCAUCUCCACACCGACAUGGCCAACCACCUCCAGGGUGAGCUGGAUGUGCUCCGAGCCCAGGUGCAGAGGGAUUUGGACGGGCGCCUGGGCAAGAUGGCACAAGCUUCCCGGGAGAUGGAAGCACGCUUGCUGGAGCUGAACUCGGAGUGGCAGAGCUCGGUACAGGAGAGCCUGCGAGGCACCUUCCAGCAGGAGGUGGGCAAGCUGGAGCAGGAGGUGGCAGUGCUGAGGAGGGAGCUGGCAAGCCUCAAGUCAGACCAGGAGGUGAUGGGGAAGCAUGUGAAGGGGAUACUGGAGCAGCUGAAGACAGUGCGGGCUGAUGUGGAAGCGCAGUUCCCAGUGUGGAUCAGUAGGUUCCUGUCACAGUCCCAGCAGGAUGGUGCUGCUGCCUUCAUCCUCCAGCGGGAAGACUUGCAAGCAGAGCUCCAGGCUCUGGAGCACAAGAUCUUUGCAAAAGUCCUGGAGGACCGGAGACUGUCAGCACGGGAUGCUCAGGCAGGUAUUGGAGCGGCCCUGCGGCAAGGAGGGACUGCAGGAGUGACAGAGGAGCAAGUGCAUCUCAUCGUGGGCCAGGCCCUGAAGCGCUACAGCGAGGACCGUGUGGGGAUGGUUGACUAUGCCCUCGAGUCAGCAGGGGCCAGUGUCAUCAACACUCGCUGCUCAGAGACCUACGAGACACGGACAGCGCUGCUGAGCUUGUUCGGCAUCCCCCUGUGGUACCACUCACAGUCCCCCCGUGUCAUCCUGCAGCCAGAUGUCAACCCUGGGAACUGCUGGGCAUUUCGUGGCUCCCAGGGCUUUGCUGUCAUCCGCCUCUCUGGCAUUAUCCGCCCCACGGCCGUGACACUGGAGCACAUCCCAAGAGCCCUCUCACCGGAGGGGACCAUCCCCAGUGCCCCCAAGGACUUUGCUGUCUAUGGUUUAAAGGAAGAAGGAGAGGAGGAGGGCCUUCUCCUUGGACAGUUCACCUACAACCAUGAUGGCGACCCCAUCCAAACAUUUUACUUGGAGGGUGACUCCAUGGGCACAUACCAGCUGGUGGAGCUCCGGGUGCUGAGCAACUGGGGCCACCCCGAAUACACCUGCAUCUACCGCUUCCGUGUGCACGGGGAGCCGGCGCACUGACCCCCGGCCCCGCGCGGGAUGAGGAUGCUGCCGGGCUGACAGCAGGAGGGGAUGCGUCCGGUUCACUGCUUCGCACGUAGAAAUCCUGGCCUGUGCCAGCAGCCACCCCUGGAAGCUGCUCCCCUGGGGGGAAGAGAAGAGCUGGUGUUGAAGGGGUGAGGUUUUCACUCUUCCAAGGACCAGGGUGGUGAGGCAAGAGCAUCCCACGUGGGUCCUAGCGCAGCCUGGCUUGUUUUCUUUGUGUAUGGGACGUUUUAACUUUUUAAGCUAACUUUGUAUCGGGUUUGCGCUGCCCCCCUUCCUGUUGUCCCACUCCUUUCUAGCAUGGCCAGGGCUUGGGAAAGGGGUGUGUCAUUUUGUGAUGUGCUUCAUGCGGGCUUGGGUGCAGGAGAUCGGUGUGUGGGACCAUGGUGCCUGACUCAGUGCUGCCAGAGUAGGUGGGAGCCACUGGUUGUGGCCACCAAGUUCCCUCCACACAGGGUCACUUCUCUUGCCUUGGUGUUGGUUUGGGUAAAGAUCUCCAGCUCUCCAAUGCUGGGUUGGCAGAGAGGAAAUAAGACAGUAUUAAUGAAGUAUUAACAUAAAACUAAUGGUUUGGAGCAGCAGGAGGAGAGGAGCGUGGCACAUGUUGGUGGCAGAGCCCACCUUGGUGCUGCCAUCCAUCCACUCCAAGCCCUCCUGCUGACAGUAGCUGAGUUGGGUCUUACUGAUGCUGUUGGCCUCCCUGGCUGGCUGACUCCCAGUGUUAAGCUUGAUGAUGCUAUUGAAAAUUCCUGUUGCCUGCUUUUCCUUUGGGGUUUGUUCUGAUAUUUUUUUUUAAAGAGGGGUGGGGAGGGGAGCUAUUUUCCAGUUGGGGUGUUGAGGUUGGUUUUUUUGUCGGGGUGGGGGUUUGUAGUAACAAAGGGAAAAAAGACUUUUUCCAUGCAAUUUGUACUUAACCAGAGAAUGUUACAUGGUUCCACUUGGAUGAGUGGCUUAGAUGUGGAGAGGGCUAGAGCUUUGUUUAGUAGAAUAGCAUACACAGUAGGAUAAGCUAGAAUAAGAUGAGCAGAGCUGUUUAAAAUAUGGGCCUCACAUUGUUGGUGGCUUGGUAGCCGGGGUCCUCUGUGCACUGCUGCUGGUGGGGUGCUGGAGGCAUUCCUGCCCUCCUUGCUCUGGAUGUCCUCUGAGACUGCAAUGCGUGGCUGUGGCCUCUUGCCCAUGGCUGCAUCUGUAUAUACUUGACUGUUAGCAGCAAGUGGAGCUGCUGCCCCAGGGCUCUGCAGGGUUCCUGGGGGGGAGAUGGGGCAAUCGCCAGGGCUUGCAGGUGCCAGCAUGCAGAGCCACCCCCCGCCUGCAGGGCUCCCUCAGCUCUCAGCUCCUCGAUGGCAGAUGGCUGGCACGGGCUGACCUCCUUUCUGUAGGAAGGGCUCCCUUUUCCUCCUACCUCUCCUUACUGGCAUUGCACUGUUCUCUGAGCCCUGGCUGUGGGAGGACUGGGCUGGAGCAGGAGGGGGAGCUCUGUCUGCAGUGGGCACGUAAAUCUUGUCUGUACUGUUGGGAUGGGUGGAGGCACAGCAGGGGUUUGCAGGAAGGAUGCACAGGGACCUUCCCCAGGCUGAGGGGUGCUAGGGCCAUCUGGCCCUCCACCUCCUGGCUGCCUGCAUCACACUGUUUGGCUUAUGUUAUUGGAUGGUGUUAACAGCCUCCAGGUUUGUGUUGUGUUUCACUGAAAGAAAAGCUUAAGAGCUCAUGGUCAGUGUUUCAGCCCUGUCCAGUGCUGGUAUCAUCCUUCCCCUGACACCAUGAGAGCACCAUGUAUUGAUUCCCACUCUGGUGGUCUCUGCUUGAAGCACUGUAGGUGUAGAGGAGGAGAACAAGGGGCUAAAGAAGUGUCUCCUUUCAGCAUCAGGCAGAGCUGCUGAGCCUUGACUCCUUCCAUGCCAGCCUGGGAGGGUGAGGGUGGUGGCAGUACACCCCUCCUUGGAGCAAGGGGUUUCCUUGCUCCAAGCGGGGGAAGUGAGCUCAGAGGGCACAGUCCUGUCUCCCAACAGGUUAAAAUUACCCUGUGGAGCCUCUUGCAGAGCUGGGAGGCCCUGCUGCAGGGAGAAAGCUGACCUGGAGCCAGAGCCAGGGACUAUAAAUUCUCUCCUAUAUUGAGCGUAGUCUUAAUUCUUGGCACCCACAGCCAAAGUUAUUUUAAACUUGUCUGCAGCUGCCCACUUGCCUUGGAGUCCUGUCCAUGAGUGCACUGAGCACAUGGAGCUAUGCUUUUAUGAAUGCCUAUACCUGUUCUGGGUUUGGCAGACCAGCUCCUGUAUUUAUUUGAAUCAUAAAGAGAAAGCAGAGAUGAGGCUCUCCCUUUUUCUCACCUUUCUCUGGCUGCUGGAGCAAGAGCUAUAACCAUGAGCCUGGGAAAACCCCUUUUCUUACAUUCCUUCUGGCUCCCUGGUCUCUGGCUUGGACUGUAAGAACAGACAAGGUCUUUGCCCAAGAAAAAAAUGAUUUUGUGGUAAAUCAGGCAUGCCGGUGAGAGGCAGGAAAGGUGACCUCUUCCCCUGAAAAGGGAGUUGUAGUGCGAUCUCUGCUCCUUCCACAUGGGUAAUACUUGCUGUGUCUGGGUUAAGGGAGCAUUUGACUUUACAGUGCAAGCUUGCCCUGUCCUUUGGACACGAAAAUCUUUGCUCCCUGGACCUACCAGUGAGAGCUCAUCCUGGGGCUUCAUGCUCUUUUCUAGCUGGUUUUAGAGGCCUCACCAUGCCAUCUGUGUGAGGAUCCCCAGGAACAUAUGCUGAGGCUACAUGUGGGUUUUCAGCCCCCAAAUUCAGCAUCAGUGCUGGGCUGCAGCCCGAGCACCUGUGCCAAGGGCCAGAAGCCGCUGGCUCUCGAGAUUGGAGCUUGCAGGAUUUCUGCAGCACUUCCCAGAGCUGCAAAAGAAGAGGGCACAGAAAACUGCUGCUUCAGCAUGUGCUUCUCUGCCCAGGGGUAUUUAAUCCCAGAGCUGAUGCCGAAGAUGAUCCUGGUGAGGCAGGAGAAAUGCAGAACAGCUGUGGGAGCAGAUUUCUCGUAUUUACUCUAUUUCCCUCCUGUAUUCUCCCUUCUUCUCAGUUUGCCCUACACAAGUUAUGAAUUAGCCCUGCAGAAACAGAUGGUUACAGACAGGAGUUUGUGUUUGAUGCUGUAGCCUGUUGCAAAUGCUGCACUGUUUUGUUCCUUUUAUUUUUUAAUCAACAGAUUGUAAUUUAUGCCUAUGCAAGAAAAAAAAAAAAAAGACCAAGACAUAAAUUAUAUCAAAACUG